CAGCUGCUCAUCUCCCUGGCAGCGCUGGGGUCCACUGCACUCGCAAAAACUGACCAGAAACUGCUUGGACCAUCUUUCGCACCUCCGUCCAACAUUCUUUCAGUGAUUCAAGAAGCAGUGCUGGACGUUAUAAACGCGCUGAACAACGCCACCCGCACCGGAGAAAGCAUCUUUGGCAGCUUCAACAGCAGCACAACGUCCUUUUCCUUGACAGCCAUUUCACAGCUCGACUCAUCGCCAAUCCUCGACUUUCAUCACACUUCCGGCUCAUUAAACAUUUCUGCUGGGAGCACAUUACAAAUCACAGGCGAAACAGUCUAUCGAAUUGGCAGCGUGUCAAAGCUCUUUACAGUUUACGCCCUCCUUCUGAACAAUGGAACUCGUCACUGGAAUCGUCCUGUUACGGAUUUUAUUCCAGAGCUGAAACAUGCCGCUCAACAUGCUCCAAACGAUUCAACGAUUAUCGACUGGAUUCAAUGGGAUCAAGUCACGGUUGGCGCUCUUGCGUCGCAACUUUCUGGGAUAGGAAGAGAUUACGCCUCAGGCGAUUUGGCUGUUCAAAAUUUCCCCUGGACAGAGCUCGGGCUGCCUGUUCUCCCUCCUCAAGACAUUCCUUUCUGUGGCAUCAAUGAUGAUCAGCAGCCUUGUGAUAGAAAUGAAUAUUUCUCAGGUUUCAUCCCCAGGCACCCCGUUUUCCCGCCUCAUGGCACAGCUCUGUACUCCAACGCAGCAUAUAGGAUUCUCGCGUACGUGAUCGAAGCCAUCACAGGAAAGUCAUACGAACAAGUACUCCAGAAAGAUAUUUUUGAACCUUUGGGCCUGAAGCACUCGAGCUCAGUGCCACCGGUUAGCAGCGGUGCUGGGGUAAUCCCCAAUGGAGAUUCAGGAUGGAGUCGCCUGUAUGGCGAUGAGGUUGCUACGGGCGGUUUGCUUUCUUCGACAAAAGAUUUAGUCGAGUUCGGACGAGCCAUCUUUGGCAAUAAGCAGCUUUCUUCGAUGGAGACUUUGCGCUGGAUGAAGCCAGGCUCACUCACGUCUUCGACAACCCUUUUUGUAGGCGCGCCGUGGGAGAUUGUACGAACCCGCAGCAGCAUCAAGACCGGCAGCCUCGUCGAUCUCUACACCAAGUCUGGCAGCGUUGGAGCCUACCAGUCUCUGCUGGUUCUCAUACCCGAUUACCAGGUUACAAUGGCCGUCCUGGCUGCUGGCCCCGACGCCGCCGCAGCAUUGCAUAUUGCCACCGAGACUGCUAUUCAGACACUUCUCCCUGCGCUAGCCAGCGCUGCCAAAGAAGAGUCUUGUAGCAAGUUCUGCGGAGAGUACGCCCCGGCAGGUGCCUCAAGGGAUUCGUCGCUUGUCAUCUGCACCGACGACGGACCUGGCCUGUUGCUUAAAGAGUGGACUCACCAGGGCCAUGAUCUGAUCGCUGCCGGACAAGCUUAUUCAAACGCUACGCGCGGUGGCGAAAUCAAAUCCUUGAGACUGUUGCCCACGGGCCUACGAAGCGGAAACCGGGCAUCGUACCGCGCGAUAGUCAACAUCAGUCCAUACCAAUACAGCCCAUCGGUUGAUUACGUCUUUGACCCGCAAGCUAGUCUCUGGGGAACGCCGGACCAGCUAAUGUACGGUGGAAUUGCCACGGACGACUUUGUGUUUCAUUUGGAUGGCAGAGGAUGCUCAGCCGCAAUCGAGCCGCGCGUGUUGAAAGUGGCAUAUCAGAGG